AACCCACCCCGUCCUUCCUGAAACAGGGAAACCAUCCGCUGUCAGCACCCCGUCCUCGGUACGUUGUAACCUCCGUGAGCGUUCUGGGCGGUCCGGCCGAAAGAUACCUCGUUCGGGCUGCUUCGGCCCCUGCUUCCUCCGAGGAGACCACGAGCGCCCCUCCUUUUUCCACCACGUCAUGGGGUCCUCUCCUCCGCAGAAGCCACCCACAGACCUGGAGGCAGAGCGCGCCGCCCCUGAAAAAGCCGCCGCGCAGGGUGCGAGCACACGGCCAACCUCCCUCCACAUCCGUACCCGCCUCCCUUCUCCUGUCCUCGGCGGGGAGCUCGACAGACCCGCUACCGCUUGCUUUUCCAAGGGAGAAGAAACUUUGUCCGCCCUCCGCCCCUUGAGGUAGUGUCAGCGGUGCGCCCCGAGAGAGAGAGAGAUUCCUUCGCCCGAAUGCCGGCCCCUUGCGCCUACUUUCCGAUUCGAAAGCAGUGCUUCUUCGGAAGGAAACACUCCUUGCUUUCAAAGAGAUAAGUACCGUGACUACGCACAGGGUGUUGUGAAGCAAACACAGGACAAAUUUGUCAGCGCUGCCGCCACAAGCACGCGCGCACAUUCCUAGUCGAAGGACUCGCGCUUUGGCACCUCUUCUGUUAGGAGUCGAUCCGGAGCUUCCUAGUAGCUUAAGGGGAGGGGAAGGGUUCAAAGACCUCUCCCCCGAAGAAGAUAGUUUCAGAAAGGUUUUCCUUCUUCAUCACUUAAAGAUGGCUGCAUACUGAACUGAAACAGUAAACCAGAACUGGAGCAACAUUAUAGCCAAUAUCCUAAAGAUGAAGACAAGAACUGUUCAGACAUAACCAGCUGAUUUAUGUGGUGACUGCAAGGCUUUUUACACUUCAAUAGAAAGGAAAGGCAAUAAAGAGACAUCCAAAAGAAUGAAGAGAUAUAAGUGGUUCUACAGAUACCCAAUACGACAAAGUCUUUUGAUCUUGUUUUUAACAGUGUGGCUGCUUUCAGUACUGAAACUUCUCAAAGUUGACCGACUGUUGUUCCAUCACAAUGGUAUUUAUUUUGUAGAGCCGUUUCUGAGCACUGCGUCAUUUGUGAAAAACAAGUACCCUCAUCUCAGAAAUCAUGUGCAGUAUGAAAUCAACUGUUCCUGCAUUUACAAUCAAGAACCUGUAGAGAUUGGCAAGUCUUUAGAAAUUCAGAGAAAAGAGAUUAUCGAUUUAGAUGAUGAUGAUGUUGUAGCAAUGACUAGUGACUGUCAUAUAUACCAUAAAAUUAGAGAAUAUCACCUAAAGCCUGUUUCUCCAGAAGAGGAAAAAUACCCUUUAGCCUAUUCUUUGGUGGUUCACAAAGAUGCCAUGAUGGUUGAGAGACUCAUCCAUACAAUAUACAGCAGUCAAAAUGUUUACUGUAUCCAUUAUGACCAAAAGUCAUCUAGCACUUUCAAACAUGCUUUGGACAACUUAGCUAAAUGCUUUCCCAAUAUUUUCAUUGCAUCCAAAUUGGAGGUGGUGGAAUACGCCCAUAUUUCAAGGCUUCAGGCCGAUCUGAAUUGCUUGUCUGAUUUGUUUAAGUCUUCUGUUCCAUGGAAGUAUGUAAUCAAUUUGUGUGGCCAAGACUUUCCGUUACGGUCAAACUUUGAGCUGAUAUCAGAACUUAAAAAAUUAAAUGGAGGAAAUAUGUUGGAGACAAUCAGGCCAAGCAGCAACAAAAGGGAACGAUUUAUUUAUCACUAUGAACUUCAGAAAAUGCCUUUUGAAUACACAAAGAUGCCUAUGAAAACUUAUAUCUCUAAGGACCCACCACCACACAAUAUUGAGGUUUAUGUAGGCAGUGCUUAUUUUGUUUUAUGUCGAGAUUUUGUACAGUUUAUCCUUGAAAGCUCUGUCGUUCAUGAUUUUUUUGAAUGGUCAAAGGACACUUACUCUCCUGAUGAACAUUUUUGGGCAACCCUUGUUCGUGUACCUGGAAUACCUGGAGAGGUUUCAAGAGGAGCUCCGGAUAUCACAGAUCUUCAGAGCAAAACACGUUUGGUAAAAUGGAGCUACCUUGAGAAUCACCUGUAUCCUCCCUGCACUGGCGCACAUCUUCGUAGUGUGUGCAUUUAUGGAGCUGCAGAACUGAGAUGGCUUGUCAGCUAUGGGCACUGGUUUGCCAACAAAUUUGACUCUAAAGUAGACCCUGUUUUGAUAAAAUGUUUAGCAGAAAAACUUGCAGAACAACAGAAGGAAUGGGUUGGCUUGUCUUCAGAAAAACUUUUUCUACACAGGACGUUCACAGGUGUUUCAACAGUACAGUAUGCCCAUGAUUGGGCUUUGCAAAAAAAAGUUGAAUCAUAAUUGCUCAUCAUAAAUCUUGUCUCUACUUUUGGAAGCCAGUUGACUUUCUAUAUGUGUAACUAAAAGGAAGGUGUAUGAUAUGAGCUGCUUAACACCCAUGAAGCAGAGGUGGGACUAGGUGAAAUUCAAGGCAAUGGAUGAGAAUCCCCCAGCAACAAAAAAUUCAGUAAUAGAGAUAAUAUAUUUGGCUUAACCCAGUGCUUCUCAGUCUUCCUGAACUUCUUUUGAACUUGCUGUAACUUCUAACCCUCCCUAGAUCAACACUGGUAAGUUGCUUGCAGCCUUUGCUAUGUGCAAAGAUUUGUAAAAUGGGAUUCUCUUCCAACACUGACAUUAGAGGAAAUGAUCAGUAUAUCUCUUCUACCCACACAAAUGAAUAGGAAACAAUUAUUAGAACAGCAUAGCAUUUCCCUCUGAAAUUAGAUUGAGAUUGUAUAGUAGAGAAGAAAUAACAUGCACAAAUCUAAUGUGGAUUGGGGAGAGUCCUCUGUUAAGGAUGCUCUGUUAAGAGCAUCCUUGGAAAUCUAUAUCCUUUUUCUAGGUAUCCCAUAAGUGUGACCUGAUUCACAGUUUGAGAACUAUUUUAUUAUUUAUGAUUGUGGUAGUAUGUUUUCCAGGUCUGUAGAAUAGGAAUGCAGUUUCCAGAGCUUAGAUUUUUUCUGUGUCCAUCUGGUUCCUCUGAUGUAUAGGAUUUUACCACAAGGUAGAUUAAAUUCACAGCAAAUGUUUUAUUCGUAGUCCUGCUGUGAGCCCUGUGAUACAUAGACCUGAUACUGAGCCUUCUCUGCACGGUAUGAUCCUCACCUAAUUCUUUUAAAAAAUUACUUUGUACUGGUAAUAGUUGAGUUAGACUUACCUCCAGGUUGUGUCACUGUUGUAAGGAAUCUACUGCUGCUAUUUGAUACCAUUGCUAUGAGUGAGGAACUCUUUAACAGUGCAUGUAAAGUUAUUGAUGACAAUACAUAUAAUUUCCCCAAGCCUUUGACCCUUUUAGUUCUUUCUAGGCUGACUGCUGCAUUGCAAUUUCACAUAUACCCAUGUACCUUUUUUAAAGUUGGGGAGGAGUGGUAUACUGAUCAUGGCUUCUUUCACCCCUGCAGCAGUGACCUGACUAUUAUAGAACACUUUCUCUUUUAUUUCAUUGAUGGAUAUGUAUUCCCUCUUCAUUUUCAGUCCCUUACCUUUCCCUCCCAAAGAUUUGUUUCUCAUAUCCCAACAAGCGAAGCUGCCAUAAUUCAGGAACAGGAUCAGGGCUUGAGGAAAUAUAGCACUAUGGGUGAUGUCAAUCUUAUUGUUUUAAAAAUACAUAAUAAGCACUUAUUUAUCAACCCCUGCAGGAAGUGAGGAAAAGUUACAGGAAUAAAGGCCUCUAAAGACCUGGGUUAGCUUAGAAAUGUUUACACAAAUUUAUGUUCCCUCAGGAUCAAAAAUGUACUAAAAGAAUGUCAUACCUAAGGGAAUUACAGUGAGGUAGGUAUUGGGAGUUAACUUUCUUCCUUUAAAGUAAAACCUACCUGUGCUUUGUCUUGACUAUAGUUUUACCUCAGGAAAAUAGUCUUGUGGGCUUAAAUAAACUGAAAUCAUAUAGGUUUCAUAGUAUUGAUGAGUGCUUAGUCUACUACCUCAAGAAAGAUAUGCUGGAUCUGUACAUCCAGCACUGAUGAGAAGUCUGAGGGAAUAUGAGGUCAAAACUGGUUAACAUGAUGCCAUCCAUGAGCCAGUUUCAUUGUUCUGGUAGUAGCAGCCAUUGGACAAGUUUACAGCUGGAUGAUUGUCAGCAAUUGCUCUUCAAAAAUGCUGGAAUGGUUGCCCAGCCCCUACCCAGUAUUUUUCUUGUACAUAAUCACAUCCUAGUUAUUCAAUAUACAUGGCUUGAAAAUUGUCCCAUGUUCAAUUCAGGUGCUACUUUGACCGUGUGAAAAAACCGUAUAUUGAAACACUGGCAUCUUUUUCUUGUAAAUCAGUGGAGUACAAGGCUUAUUAUAGCCCAACUGGGGCUCUUUGGGGGAAAAAAUGUAGAAUGUGAAUAUGCUUUAAAUAUUGUAUAAGACAUAGAGUGGUCUGUCUACAUUUUUUUCAACCAGUGCUAAGUUGUUACUGCUUCCUCUCUGGAAGAAUAUAGCAGUUAUUACAGUGUAGCUGAGCAUAAUAUUGUCAUUAAAAAUACUGAAACAGACAGGACACAGUAGUGUCCUUAAGCACUGGAAGAUCUGGGAAUACACACUAUGCACAACGUAAUCUGCUGAGUCAUGGGUGUCUGUGCUGCUAUUGUGGCCUAGAUAUGUUUUGCAUAACUAUUUAAUUGUUUGGAGGAAACUCAUGCCGGCAGCUGAUCUACAUGGCUUGAACAGUGCACACAAUCGACUCACCAUCUGGAGCAGCUACUACAUGGGUUCAGUUUCAAGCAGCCUGCGUGCUCCUUGUUUUUCUUGUGAACCAGGUUUCAGUGUUAAGCUAAAAUUCCUUUUUAAAGCAGAAAUCUGUAAUGUGCAGAGAUGCACACAUGUGCAUUGCUGCUUGAGUAGGAAUGGCUGUGCCUAUCAUAGCCAUGCUACUUUCACCUUCUGCUGCCAUACAGAGAGGUUACAUAAGUCAUAUUCCUGCAAACCCUGCCCCCCCCUCCAGUGUCCCUAAUGUGGGGAACUUUGAAAGUGACAUAGUGUUUAAUCAUGUGAUUUCCUGUGAUCUGAAAGUGUACACUCUCAGAAGGGCUGUGCCAUAUGAUUUUUCUGAACAUGCUGCUCAGUCCUUUAGAAAGCAGGCACUCUGUGUAAAGCAGAUCCAUGUAUUAGCAGUCUUCCCUUUUUGUAAUUGGAUCUUCAGUGAUAGAGUGAGCUGGAAAUGAAGCUGGUCACAAAAAGAGCUCCAAAUUCCUAUGCUUUUUAAUAUUCUAUUAACUUUUAAAAACUUCUUAUUUAUGAACUCACAGGCAGCUUAAAUGAACUUGCAGUGCCUUGCAGGCAAUUAUGAAAUUAUUAAGGCAGAUAAAGUAGAAAACAUUCUAUUUUUUUAAACUUAUUUUUGAAUUUUUUUGUUUUUAUUACAGUAACAAUCAUAACAUAUCAAACAUAACAAUUCAGCACAAAAACAAGUUGUCAACUAUAUAUGUGAAUAAGCAUUUUUGCUAAGGCAAGUUUUGCAUUUUCAUUAUAAACUUGUUUUUGCUAUCUGGUGAAAUAUUCAAGUGGUGAAAAGGAAUAAUAUGCCAUAGUUCCCAACAUGUUAACUCACAAAUAGGUAAAUUCAAGACACAAAUGAUUUCUGGUUUGUGAUUUGUUUCCAAGGUAAUUCAAAAUGGAAAAAGAGAGGUCUUAUGUCUGAUGAAUGUAGUGUGGUUGAUUAAAGAACUCAGAUUCAUAAAACCUGUUCUCGUUAUAUUACGUCUCUUCUGCGAGCAGUCCCACAUUAAUGAGUUUUAAACAGAAUGCUUACAGUAAGAAACAGGAAGAGAUUAUAAAAGUGCUAAACUAAUCAUCAGUGUCUUCUUGUCUGUAGCUGUCCAGAAGUAUAAAAACCAAGAUUUUUCAGAUAUUUCUUUUUUUAUUGUAGGCUCCUAAAGUGCAGCUCCUCAAAUGUUAUAAUAAAUAUUCUAGAGUCAAAAGAAAGACUUUCAAAGUGCAACUAAUGUUGUUUCUGGUGGGCCUCUUUAUGACAGCUAUAUACCAACCUUAUUGUCAUACAAUGAUGAGAAAAGUUCUCACUUGCUGAAUUGCAGCUGUUUGCGCAGCCAGGAGAUUUGCUUGUGAAAAAGAAUGGCAACUUUCCAACAUUUCUUCCAAGCAAUGACAAAGAUUGAUAGUUUCUUGUCUGCAGACACCAGAUACAAUGGAAACGAAGAUAGUAUAAUCAUAUGGGUUCACAGCACCUUGACAGUCAUAGAGGGAGAGACCACGAGAGAUUAGGUUGUUUAUAGCUGGUCCUACAGAAUAAGUUCAGUGGUACUGGAUGAAUCCAUUAAAACUAAGGUGCAGACCUCAUAAAAGAUGUUUAACCUCUUGUGGAUCUUGCUGAACUCCAGAACUCGCAAUUUCACAAGGUAGAAAUUGUAGACAGUGUAGAACCUCUUGCUCUGUAUAGCUGGGAAAGAAUAAGCUGGGUUUUGGCCCAUGCAAAGUAUACACUGGAAGAGGUAAGGAAGAUGAUUUGCACCAAUGCUUGUCUUUCUAGAGUGGUCCGCCUCACAUUUUUGAAAGCCAUUUGCUAAAGCAUCCUAGAUAAACUGGAAGUUCCCUCUUAAUAUUUCUUCUAGCAGGAGGUUCCCACACUUUAGUUUGGUAAGACUUUCCACAGCAAUCCAGAACAAAAAACCACACAGGCCAUGACUGCAGCAGAAAUCUGACUUCACACUUGAAAUGUUUUGGAGAAACUUCCCAGGUGCCUCUUGUGGAAUUGUUCAGGAUAUGGGGAAAGAUACUCUUUGUAGAUAGAAACUGGACCCAUUAAGUAAAAGUAAAAGUGAAAAUAUCAUGCUAUGUCCUGUCUAUAUAAGGUGUUUAUUUUCUCUGAGGUGGCGAUAAAUACCAGUUUUAGAGUUCCAAUUGCGACAUUGAGCUAGUAUGCGGAUUUUGUUCAGAAUUCUACAUCUACACUAUUGAAAAUGGUUGUAAAUGUAAAAAAAAUAAAUCUUAUGUG